AUGCGUCCGUCGCGUCGGUGCACGUCGCGGCAGCGCGGGCGCACGGACGAUGAGGCGGCGCCGUCGCCGCCCCUACGGGCGGACGGGGCUCCGCUUGCGUCGCAGCUGAAGUUGCAGCUCUACCGCAUCUACGCCAGCGUGUCGCGUCAGCGGGAAUGGUUCAGGCUGCAUGAGUCCAACGUGAGGGGCCUCACUGAGGAGGCGGAGGCGCUGCGAGGUCGCUUCUUUCCCCAUGAACCCGGCCUGUUAACGGCGGUGAGUGAAAACGCCAACGUCACAGCAGCAGCGCCCUCUUCAUCGCAGGGCCUUCCCGCUACUGAAGGGAAGGACGUGGACGAACUGGCUCCAAAGCCAUGGGGUAGCGUGCGCCCGUGCCCGACUGAGUCCCCGCCCGCCGUGGGUCGCGGCUUCCCAUCGACGCUCUGGAGGCCACGUUUGCUUCCAUCACGGCAGGACCACGGGGCGUGCGCUCUGCCGCUGCCUUCCGGUGGAGGCGGCACGCGCGAUCCUUUUAACGCCGUGCUCAUUUCCUCGGCAACGGAUGCAACCAGUUGCCGUGUUGCCGCGGAGGUGCGGCGUGUUGUGCCGGAGUAUCUCCUGCAACUUUCACCAGACUGGAUUCAUAGCCGCCUAGGAAGCGUGGGAGGAGCGGGAGGAGGAGGCGUUUCAGCAGCGGAGGCCACAUCGGCCCUCGCUGCACUUCUUAUACCGUUACUGCAGGCGCUUCGAGGCGUCGUAGAUGUGGCUCGUUGGCUUCUGGGCUCGGGCGACGUCGCCGUCGGGGUUUCGGCCCCCGACGGGCCUGUCACAUUUAAUCCACUUCGUGCCGUUGCCAGACAUUUGUUUUACCUCCUUCACGAAACACUCUGCUGUGCGUCGUCGUGGAUGACGGAGGCCUCGCGGUCGGGAUCGACGGCGGCGGCGCACAUAAUGAGCGCCGAGGAGCGGGCGGAGGCCACAGAGAUUCUUUUUUACCUGCUGGAUGACCGCGGCGGUGGCCCGUUGGUGCUUCAGCUUCUUUGCACAGACCACAACACAAUUCGGGUUCCGCCGCGGUACACGGAACACGCGGCACAGACAUUGGCCACCACUGGCCUCUUGCCACGUUCGAUCGUGAGCGAGGCCUUUGACUUCUUAGCCGUUUGCUUCUUGGGAAUGUGUGUUGAGGAAUAA